GAUCUGUCCAGCCGUAUAAAAUAAAGUUUAACGCAGUAGCGGUGCUUUAGGAGAGACGUUGUUUAUUCAGGAUGUCUUAUUGCUCGUAUUUUCUAUAAAUACAUACAGUCAAGCUGCUCUGUAAUGACAUUUGCACGUUUCUUUUAGCUUUAAGGAAGAGUUAAUGUUAGUUAAUAUCGCCUGGUGCAUCCAUUUUUGGCUGUAAAUCGAGUUUUUGUUUACAUGAAAUUUGCUUGUUUUAACAGUUGCUAUCUUUUUUGACCAUUAAAUGGAUGAACACAAGGAGAACAUUCAAAGAACAGACGUAAAUGUGAAAAUGUCAGAGGAAAAAGAAGAUGAAAAGACGAAACCCCGCAGCAGAAUAUGUCCCGAUGACGAAACAGCUCCGGAGACGUCUCAGUCCAACAAAGACUUCAGUCACCCGGUUUACAAAGAGAUCGCUCUGGCUAACGGCCACAUCAACCGCAUGUCCAAAGACGAGCUGCGGGUCAAACUGUCGGAGCUGAAGCUCGACACCAGAGGCGUAAAGGACGUGAUGAAGAAGAGGUUGAAGAACCACUACAAGAAGCAGAAGCUGCUGCAGUCAGCCGCAGAGGGAGGGCCCACCGAUACCUACUACGACUACAUCUGCGUGGUGGACUUUGAGGCCACGUGCGAGGAGGAUAAUCCCUCAGACUUUCUGCAUGAGAUCAUCGAGUUCCCCAUGGUCCUCAUCAACACGCACACCUUACAGAUCGUGGACACUUUUCAGGCGUACGUGAAACCAGAGGUGAACCCGCAGCUUUCCGACUUCUGCGUGAAGCUAACAGGAAUCACACAGGAGACGGUGGACGGAGCGGAUCCGUUUCCAGACGUCCUUCACCGAGUAGUGGAAUGGCUGCAGGAGAGGGAACUCGGGACGAAAUACAAAUACGCCAUGCUGACCGACGGGGCGUGGGACAUGAGCAAGUUCCUCAACAUCCAGUGUCGGAUCAGCCGGAUCCGAUAUCCUCAGUUUGCAAAGAAAUGGAUAAAUAUAAGAAAGUCUUACUGCAACUUCUACAAGGUCCCACGCACGCAGACGAAGCUGAGCACCAUGUUGGAAAAGCUCGGCAUGAAAUACGAAGGCCGGCCUCACUGCGGCCUGGACGACUCCCACAACAUCGCCCGGAUAGCCGUCCGCAUGCUGCAGGACGGCUGCCAGCUGCGCGUCAACGAGCGCAUGCACGGCGGCCAGCUGCUCUCGGUUCCCAGCUCAGCGCCGAUGGAGGGAGCGCCGCCGCCCCGUAACCCCGGCAACAGAGAAUAGAGCCAGGAACUUUAAUGAACCAGCCUUAAAAUCUGUCUUCACCCGCAUUUUCACAGAAAGAGUAAAGCACUUUAAUUUAAGCUUAAAGCUGUAAGGAGAGUUUAAUAUUUCAGUUUGUGCAGACUUUGCUUCGAGGAGUCCAGCGAUUUAGGGCGACAUAUUGAAAAUAAUAAUAAAAAAAAUUUACAAGACUUUUUUGUUGAAUUAUUAUGACUUCAUUUUCAAAACAUAACUUAUUUCUCAUAUUAUUUUGACUUUUCUGAUAAUAUAACUUUAUCCUCAAAAUAUGAUUAUUCUCGUAUUUGUUUGACUUUAUUUUUGAAACAUGACCAUUCUUGUAUUAUGAAUUUAUUCUUGAAGUAUUAUGACUAUUCUCAAAAUACGACUUUAUUUUCAUUAUUUCGACUUUUAUUCUUGUAAUUUUAUUUUGUUUAUUUGUUCUCAGUAUGGCCCUAGUACUCCGUCGUGGAGGAGGUCUCACUCAGACUAAAUAUUUUUACAACAGUUUGUAAAAAUAAAUGGAUAAUUCCUGCAGCAUUCUGUAUAGCUGAUGCUCUAUUUUUUGUUUUCUAUUCUUAAAGAAGCAAAUUAAAAUAAAAUGAUCAGCAACUGUUCAUAAACCACACAUCUCACUAAUGUCACGUGCCAUUUAAAUUUAUAACAUCACGUUUUUCCAGGAAAAUGCCCUGCAGACUCAUUUGCUCCAUAAAUAUAAGAAUUUCACAGAAAUAAUUUAAUUGAACCAAAUGUGUUGAGCAACUGGGGAACCUUUGUAAGUAUUGUCCUUUUGGGGAAUGUGCUUUAUGUUGUCAUGUUGUGUUGAGAUAUUUUUUAUCUCACAGUGCACAAUAUGUUCUAACUGAAUAAAUUUGAAAGGAGGCAAUGA